ACCACGUGACAGGGCCCGGAAGCGGCGCGGGGCCGCCGAGAGGAUGGCGGGGACCCCGCGCUGAGCGGAGCGGCUGGGCUGUGCGGGAGCAGGACCGGAGCCGGAGCCGGAGCCGGAAUCCAGGCGCUACCAUGUCCACGCAGAGACUCCGGAACGAAGACUACCAGGACUACAGCUCCACCGAUGUGAGCCCCGAGGAGAGCCCUUCGGAGAGCCUGGGCAACUUACCACCCGGUGCCUACCAGCGUUUGGGGGAAAGCAACAGCACGACAUGGUUCCAGACCCUGAUCCACCUGUUAAAAGGCAACAUUGGUACGGGACUCCUGGGGUUGCCUCUGGCGGUGAAAAAUGCAGGCAUCUUGUUGGGUCCCCUCAGCCUGCUGGUGAUCGGCAUUGCGGCCGUGCACUGCAUGGGCCUCCUGGUGAAGUGUGCACGCCACUUUUGCUGCAGACUGAACAAACCCUUUGUGGACUACGGGGACACAGUGAUGUACGGACUAGAAUCCAGCCCCAGCGCCUGGCUCCGGAACCACGCCCACUGGGGAAGGCGCGUGGUGGACUUCUUCCUGAUUGUCACCCAGCUGGGGUUCUGCUGUGUCUAUUUUGUGUUUCUGGCUGACAACUUUAAACAGGUGAUAGAAGCUGCCAACGGGACCACUAACAACUGCCACAACAACGAGACGGCGAUCCUGAUGCCCACCAUGGACUCACGCCUCUACAUGCUCGCCUUCCUGCCCUUCCUGGUGCUGCUGGUGUUCAUCCGGAACCUCCGGGCCCUGUCCGUCUUCUCCCUCCUGGCCAACAUGAGCAUGCUGGUCAGCCUGGUCCUGAUCUACCAGUUCAUAGUUCAGGGGAUCCCAAACCCCAGCCGCCUGCCCUUGGUAGCAUCCUGGAAGACCUACCCGCUGUUCUUUGGCACAGCCAUCUUUGCGUUUGAAGGCAUCGGCAUGGUUCUGCCUCUUGAAAACAAAAUGAAGGAUCCACAGAAGUUCUCGUUCAUCCUGUACCUGGGGAUGGCCAUUGUCACCAUCCUCUACAUCAGCCUGGGGUCCCUGGGGUACUUGCAGUUCGGAGCCAGUAUCCAAGGCAGCAUCACCCUCAACCUCCCCAACUGCUGGCUGUACCAGUCGGUGAAGCUGCUCUACUCCAUCGGGAUCUUCUUUACCUACGGGCUGCAGUUCUACGUCCCGGCUGAGAUCAUCGUCCCCUUCUUCGUGUCCCGAGUGCCCGAGCCCUGCAAGCUGCUGGUGGACCUGGCCGUGCGCACUGCCAUGGUGUGCCUGACGUGCGUGCUGGCCGUCCUCAUCCCGCGCCUGGACCUGGUCAUCUCCCUGGUGGGCUCCGUGAGCAGCAGCGCCCUGGCCCUCAUCAUCCCGCCGCUCCUGGAGGUCACCACCUACUCCUCCGAGGGCCUGAGCCCGCUCACCCUCGCCAAGGACGCCCUCAUCAGCAUCCUGGGCUUUGUGGGCUUCGUGGUGGGGACCUACGAGGCCCUCUCUGAGCUGAUCCAGCCCGGAGCUGCCCCCAUCUCCACCAAUUCCUCCAGUGCCUUUGCCUAUCGAGCUGGGUACAUUCUCUGACCCGCCCGUCCGCCCUGGUGUCCCGGGACCUGCCCCGGCGCCUCGUGCGGCCCAGCCUCUGGGGAAAGGCUGUCUGGUUCUCUCUGCCUGACACUUGGUGCCCAGGCCCAGGCGAGAGGCGGGCAGCAGGGAGGGUGGGUCACAGGCACCCGGGUGCCGAUGGUGACAGCGGUGUCACCACGCCUUUGUACUUCCUGUCAGCCCGACCCUGGGGCCCGGUCCCCAGGUGGCUCCUCCUGGAGCGUCUGCCUCCUUUGUCCGACCCGAUGCGCCCUAGCGUUCCUCUCGCACAGCUCACUUUAUGUAACACUUCAGUGUCUCCGCCUCACAACUGCUCCUUUCCUGGGCCCGGCCUGGACAAGUGCGUGGGGCUCCCGCCCCCGUUGUAUGGCAGGGUCCUUCCCAUGCUCCCUCAGACACUGGACCGCAGGGUUCUUCCACCUGUUCAACCCUCCAGGGGCGUCUGGACCUACCUCAUGGUUGAAAACCAGCCCCCGAAAGCUUCUAAUCUUUAUUCUCCCUCGCUGGCUGGACCCCUGGGCCCGUCGCCCCUUGAGUUCCUCCGUGUGGGUCACCGUCGUGUGUCCUUCAUUGCACAGCUCUGAAAAGACAUGAAGUGCUGCCGAAAUGGGAAUAUUUAUAUUAUUUAAGAUUAGGUUUUUGUUUUUAGAUUCUGACUUUCAAUCUGGGAUUCUUUAUUUAAUUUUUUUUUUUUUUUUUGGUACAAUCUGGGAUUCUUAUGAAUCGUUUCUUCCUCAGUAAACUUUGACUCAGCCUCGAAACUUGCCGCAGCCAGUGCGUGUGGAGGCCCCCGAAGGCCCCACACCUUCCGGGCAGCUUCACCUGCGUGCCUCUCCUGGGGCGGCCGGGUCCUGCCUCCACCCGCUGCUCCUGCACCAGGCGGAGAGCAGGCGC